AUGCUACCCAUAAGAAGUCAAGAAAUGAUAGCUUACUCCUGCUCCGAUGCUCUUCUGGGUCCUCACAGAAGCAGUACCCGGUACCACUACCAGGGUGUCAAGAGAAAGCUGCGGCCUGGGCGGAUGCUGGGCUUCAUCAUCAGCCUGGUGGCUGUCUGCACAGUUUGUUCGUUGAGUGCCUUGUCGCUGGCCACAGCAGUGGCAGCUGAGCUGGAAUCAGCUGGUCAGGGCUCAGGUGAUGCAGCAGUGCCCCAAAGAACUCUUCUGCAGCACCACAACCUCUCAGCAGCCCCAGAAGAUACACCUGUGGCCAUGAAGUCAACUGACUUGGAGAUGAAUCAAGGGGACUACCCAACAGACUACUUCAGUGUGGAGGACAGACGCCAGGGCUAUGUGGUGUUUCAUAUGUUUGGAAUGUUGUACAUGUUCAUAGCCUUAGCCAUCGUUUGUGAUGAGUUUUUUGUUCCUGCGCUCACUGUCAUCACAGAGAAGCUGGAGAUCUCAGAUGAUGUGGCUGGAGCCACCUUCAUGGCAGCAGGUGGCUCAGCCCCAGAGCUCUUUACCUCUGUCAUUGGAGUGUUCGUAUCCCACAGUAAUGUGGGUAUUGGUACUAUUGUGGGGUCAGCUGUCUUUAACAUCCUGUUUGUGAUCGGGAUGUGCGCCCUGUUCUCCAAGGAGGUGCUGAACCUUACCUGGUGGCCUCUGUUCAGAGAUGUUUCUUUUUAUAUCAUUGGCUUGCUCAUGCUCAUCUAUUUCUUUUUGGAUAAUGAAAUAACAGUGACUGAGAGCAUCAGUCUGCUGUUGUGCUACGGUUGCUAUGUGACAUUCAUGAAGUACAACUCCAGUGUAGAACUUUUCAUUAAGAGCAAACUGGGCAGUAACCAAGUGGAUGAGCUGGAGAAUGCACCAAAGGUUAAUGCAUCUGAAGAUGAUGAGAACAAGCUGAUGGCCAAACCCAAGCUGCAGAGGGAAGGAAGCUGUGCUUCUCUACACAACUCACUGAUGAGAAACAGCAUUUUCCAGCUCAUGAUACACACAUUGGACCCCCUCAGUAAUGAAGGACAAUUCAAGGAGAAGGCUUCAAUUCUUCACAAAAUGGCCAAGAAGAAGUGUAAAGAUGAUGUUAUGAAUGCCAACGGUGUAGCUGAGAAAAACAUCUCCAAAAGUUCAAAGGUUGCAGUGGAAGUCACACCACCCAUGAAUGGCGUUGCUGGAGGAGAUGAGGAUGGCGAGGAAGAGGAUGAUGAAAACCAGCCUCUUAGUCUGGCCUGGCCAGACACCAUUAGGAAACAGCUGACCUACCUCUGCAUCCUGCCCAUCGUCUUCCCUCUGUGGCUGACACUGCCUGACGUCAGGAGAGAGAGUGCUGAGAAAUUCUUCCCCCUCACUUUCAUUGGUUCCAUCAGUUGGAUCGCUUUCUUUUCCUACCUGAUGGUGUGGUGGGCUCACCAGGUUGGGGAGACUUUCUGGGUCACAGAAGAGAUCAUGGGCUUGACUAUAUUAGCAGCUGGAACCUCAAUUCCUGACUUGAUCACCAGUGUAAUUGUAGCACGAAAAGGUCUUGGUGACAUGGCGGUGUCCAGCUCAGUGGGCUCCAACAUCUUUGACAUUACUGUUGGUUUGCCAUUCCCAUGGCUCCUCUACCACAUCAUCAAUGACUUUAAGUCAGUAGAGGUGAGCAGCAACGGUCUGUUCUGUGCCAUCGUCCUCCUCUUCCUCAUGCUCCUCUUUGUCAUCAUCUCCAUAGCUGUUUGUAAGUGGAAAAUGAGUAAGCUUCUAGGCUUUCUCAUGUUCAUACUCUACUUCGUCUUCCUCGUCGUCAGUGUCAUGCUGGAGGACAAAAUCAUCACCUGUCCUGUCACCAUCUAAGAGAGGGACUCCUACUGAAUGUCUGAAAGCGUAUAUUUACUAUGAGUGCAAUAAUAUUCUUUUUCACACACAAAUCAUCUCCUAUCUGUUUUACAGACCUGUACUGUACUUGCAUGCACACAAACAUAUACACACACAAGUUGUUGAUGUCGGUAAGCAGGAGUUGGGAUGUAAACCAACCUUACUGUUUAAACCCAGAACAUCACAACUGUUUAAAAGUGGCAGAAAGUUUUACUCUUUUUUUAAACAGACCUAAGGCCACGCAACAACCUUUCAGUUCUUUUGUAUCAUGUGACUACAGCGUGUAGCCACUACUGGUUGAAAGCUGCUGGAUUCAACUGAUGAACAGCGAACGCAACUCAAGAUGGAUGUGAGAAACCUUUAUUUGUUCAUUUAUUUUAUUUAUUGAUUUAUUUUUUUUACUAAAGAACUGUGAUAGUGUAAGACGAUUCUCUACUACUCAUGCAAGCAACCAAGUAAAGAAUAUAAACUCGAUGUGGGGACUAAAGAAGAGACUUUUUUUGUCAUUUAACCUGUCAGAGGAGUUUUUGCAUUAGGACCAUGGAAAUCUGUCAUGAACGAUCUGAAAGGGCUGACACAAGACUGCAAUAGCUGUCACCAGGAAUGACUGCAAUGUGAUAAACAUAAAAAUGUUCACUGUCGACAGUUUGAGUGUAUUUUCAGAAACAAGUUAAUGUUUAAGAUCAUAAGUGUUAAUAUUUAUCCCAUUCAUAAUAUAGUGCAUUAAAGAUUCAAUAGAUUAAACUGGCUAAGGCUUAUGUCUAAUUAAACAUGAAUAGCCCAGAUGAGAUAUUUGGAUUCAUUUUACUGUAACAAGCUUGUGAACACAACUUUGUCUGUUCAGGCUGCCUUUCCUUUUUACUUUAGUGAGGAAUGACUUUAAUGUCCAGAUUUUGGACAACACUUGACAGACAAAAGAUUAGUGUUUUCUGCUGUAUUGUACUUGUUUUACCUAUUUUGAAAAGUUUUCUUCAAAUUAGGGGUUUAUGGAAGAGAGUGUUUGGCUUCAACUGGUGUUGCUGGGUUUCUUUGACAAUUCUUUGAUGUAAAACCACUCAUGUAUUUAUGCAUUUGAUGCACAGCUCGUGGCCACACUGGUACACUGUUGCACUUGUCAUGGUACCAGCUCAGAAUCCUCUAUAGGGGCACGUUUGUUAUCUUCACAAAAGAACUAUUCCACAUAUGGGCACUUUGAAUCAGGUCCACAGGCAGGUCUGGAGAGGCCCUGUAAGUUGACAGGUAUGUGGAUGUCAGCACAGAGCCUCAUCUACACCCUCUGAUUACAACACUUGCACCAUACAGACAUUACAGUCUAAUGCAAAUGUGCAGACUCUCAUAGUAUAUCUGCCUUAAUGUGAACCAUUGCUUAAGUGGUGAAAUGAUCUGUGCAUGUGAUAGAGCAUGCAUGCUUUUGCCACCAGGGUAUUACAAUUUCCACUCAUAUGCUACAUGAAUCUCAUGAGAACUGAACCAAAACAUCCACAAGUUAAACUAUUAUUUAAGAAAUAAGUCAUGUAGUAUAGGAUCAGGGGUCUGCAAUCUGCUGGUCUGGAGCUGCAAG